GGCACUCCUGCAGCAGCCUCAGGCAGGCCGCCGUUAACUUCAUAAAGGCCAAUGCAGUGCAGGUAAUGACCACACAGGGCUGGAUUGACGCAGUCCGCACUCAGCCUGAAGACGUGGUCAUACUGAGUCAGCUGCUCGCGAGUCCUCCAGCAGAAAGCAGGAGUCUUCCUGAAAAGGAGAAGAACAGCAGGCUGAUUCAGGCAGCGAAGGAGGAUGCAGUCGAUGAGCUGCAGACGCUGCUGGCAGCUGGUGCGGACGUCAGGGUGAGGGACGAGGGCGAGAGGAGGUGGACCGCCCUCCACUGGGCAGCAGAAAAUGGACACGAGAAGACAGCGAGGUGCCUGGUGGAGGGUGGAGCAGAGGUGGAAGCCACGAGCAUCAACUUUCAGGAGACGCCCCUGCACAGGGCUGCAUACCGUGGCCACGAGGCUGUGGCGCGGCUGCUGCUGGAGGCAGGGGUGGAGGUUGAUGCCAGGAACAAAACGCAGAGCACGCCCCUGCACCUGGCUGCAUAUCAUGGCCACGAGGCUGUGGUGCGACUGCUGCUGGCGGCCACUCCUUACCACAACGCCAGGAAUCAGUGGGGGCAAACGCCGCUGCACUCUGCGGCUCUGAACGGCCACACAGAAGUGGCAGCUGCACUGCUCGAGGCAGGGGCCGACCGCUGGGCUAGGAAUAACGAGGGGAAAACACCACUGGACCUCGCCAGGCAGAACAACCACCAGCAGCUGAUAGACAUACUAAAGCUAGCAGUCUGUAUAGAGAGUGCUGUGAGAGGAGAAAUGGCUGCUGAGGUUCGGCAUAUUCCAGAGUCAUCCACAAUGGAACCCACCCAGGAGGUUAUGGAGACCACAGCCGUGGACCUGGGCGCCCUUCUGGACGCAGGGGACGGCGCAGUCGUCACACUGGUGGCGGGCGGCACUCGUCUCGUGGCGCACAGGGCCGUGUUGGCCGAUAGAAGUCCCGUGUUUGGCGCCAUGUUUCGCCACGACACACUGGAAGCCACCGCCGGCGAGGUCGCAAUCCCAGACGUGGAGGGCCCAGUGCUGCGCCAGCUGGUCGCCUACCUCUACACCCUCCAGGCCCCUCAGCUGCCCAGCCUGGCCUCCCACCUGCUGGCAGCCGCUGAUAAAUACGGCGUGUCGGCCCUGAAAGCUCGGUGCGAGCAGCACGUGGCCGCUCAGCUGUCGGUCGAGACUGCGGCGGCCACAGCUGUUCUGGCGAUCAGGCACUCCUCCACCAGCCUCAGGCAGGCCGCAGUCAACUUCAUAAAGGCCAAUGCAGUGCAGGUAAUGACCACACAGGGCUGGAUUGACGCAGUCCGCACUCAGCCUGAAGACGUGGUUAUACUGAGUCAGCUGCUCGCGAGUCCUCCAGCAGAAAGCAGGAGUCUUCCUGAAAAGGAGAAGAACAGCAGGCUGAUUCAGGCAGCGAAGGAGGAUGCAGUCGAUGAGCUGCAGACACUGCUGGCAGCUGGUGCGGACGUCAGGGUGAGGGACGAGGGUGAGAGGAGGUGGACCGCCCUCCACUGGGCAGCAGAAAAUGGACACGAGAAGACAGCGAGGUGCCUGGUGGAGGGUGGAGCAGAGGUGGAAGCCAGGAGCAUCAACUUUCAGGAGACGCCCCUGCACAGGGCUGCAUACCGUGGCCACGAGGCUGUGGCGCGGCUGCUGCUGGAGGCAGGGGCGGAGGCUGAUGCCAGGAACAAAAUGCAGUGCACGCCCCUGCUGAUAGCUGCAUUGGCAGGCCACGUGGCUGUGGUGCGGCUGCUGCUGGCGGCCACUCCUUACCACAACGCCAGGGAUCAGUGGGGGCGAACGCCGCUGCACCAUGCGGCUCUGAACGGCCACGCAGAAGUGGCAGCUGCACUGCUCGAGGCAGGGGCCGACCGCUGGGCUAGGAAUAACGAGGGGAAAACACCACUGGACCUCGCCAGGCAGAACAACCACCAGCAGCUGAUAGACAUACUAAAGCUAGCACACAGAGAGUGCCAUGUGGGAGAAAGGGCUGCUGAGUCAUCCACAAUGGAACCCACCAAGGAGGUUAUGGAGACCACAGCCAGGGACCUGGGCGCCCUUCUGGACGCAGGGGACGGCGCAGUCGUCACACUGGUGGCGGGCGGCACACGUCUCGUGGCGCACAGGGCUGUGUUGGCCGAUAGAAGUCCCGUGUUUGGCGGCAUGUUUCGCCACGACACACUGGAAGCCAACACCGGUGAGGUCGCAGUCCCGGACGUCGAGGGCCCGGUGCUGCGCCAGCUGGUCGUUUACCUCUACACCCUCCAGGCCCCUCAGCUGCCCAGCCUGGCACCCCAGCUUCUGGCGGCCGCUGAUAAAUACGGCGUGUCGGCCCUGAAGGCUCGGUGCGAGCAGUUCGUGGCUGCUCAGCUGUCAGUCAAGACUGCGGCGGCCGCAGCUGUUCUGGCGAUCAGCGCGCCGGCCUCUACGGACGGCAGUCCGCGCCCCGGCAGUGGGCCGCAGGGAGACCGUGGCCACACCCCUGCCACUGCUGCGCCGCCCACGGCCAGCCGCACCGCUCCUCCCCCAGAUGACUCUGCCGUCUCUCGCCUGCGGAGCCUUCCUGAAAAGGAGAAGAACAGCAGGCUGGUUCAGGCAGCGAAGGAGGAUUCAGUCAGUGAGCUGCAGACGCUGCUGGCAGUUGGUGCGGACGUGGGGGCGAGGGAGGAGAGCGAGGACAGGUGGACCACCCUCCACUGGGCAGCAAACAAGGGACACGUGAAGGCAGCGAGGUGCCUGGUGGAGGGUGGAGCAGACGUGGACGCCAAGUGCAGCAGCUGGCAGGAGACACCCCUGCACAGGGCUACAUUCAAUGGCCACAAGGCUGUGGCGCAGCUGCUGCUGGAAGCAGGGGCGGAGGCUGAUGCCAGGAACAAAACGCAGAGCACACCCCUGCUCCUGGCUGCAGAGAAAGGACAUGUUGCUGUGGUGCGGCUCCUGCUGGCGGCCACUCCUUACCACAACGCCAGGAAUCAGUGGGGGCGAACGCCGCUGCACAAUGCGGCUCUGCACGGGCACGCAGAGAUGGCAUCUGCACUGCUCGACGCUGGGGCCGACCGCUGGGCUAGGAAUAAUGACGGGAAAACCCCACUGGACCUAGCCAGGCAAAACAACCACCAGCAGCUGAUAGACAUGCUAAGGUGUAGCUAG